AUGUCAAAAAUACGUAGCGACAAGAACACCCUUGCCAUCCGUCUUACAGAGUCUGUCGUCUACUUGCGCACUAAUGACCCCACAGGAAGGCGACGCACACAGGACGAUGUAGCGCCUUCAAUGAUUCGCGGACUGCUCACCUUGAACAUCGCGAAGCCAACCAGGAUAUCCAGUAUCGAGCUUGAGCUGCAGGGGAAAGUGACGACAUCCUGGCCAGAGGGGGUUGGCGCGCGCCGUAUCGAGGUAACAGAGUCCCACAAAAUCUUUUCUGCAUCUACCGUCUUCUUCCGUGCUGGCUCUACACCCUCCACGAGACGCACAGCAUCCGUAGGGCCAGGGCUCUUCCUGCAGCACGACCAUGACGAGGAUGAAAUACACACACCUGCGCGUCGUAGCGCCACGGCUACACCCCGUAAUGAGACAGAACCCGUCAUGGCUCGAUCGCCUACUGUCACUCGUGCUGUUAGCGCCAAUCCAGCUACUAGUGAGCAUGUGAGGACGUCACGUCGAGUAAGCGCCGACAACGCAGUUUUGCACCGAGAGAUCCAUUCACACCAGGAGCAUUCUCUGCCCUCUCCGCCUUAUACCCCAGCCGCGCAUUCAUCAUUUGUGUUUGAUGGUCGUCCCGGAUUAUCGCCAUCACAUACCAAUUCAUUUCCCACAAAUUGCCCUCAAGUAUGGCCUCUUGGAAGACUGGAUGAUAACCCGGCUCAGACGCUCGAAGAUCUCCGCCAGGCUUUGAGAAACCUUGAAUCUGGAAAAACAAGUCCCUCCUUGCAUGCACAGGGUAACAUCCUUCAGAAUCCCCCGUCAUCAUCUGCCUCUAGCAUUCAUUCGCACCGAGAUACGUCACUCUCGCGCAGACCUAGCAUCGAUAACGUGGAUGAAGACGAGUCAACCUUAAAUAUGAGUAUGACGUCGCCUCCGGCUUCUUACUUGCAGUCGCCAGUCACGUUGUCUCCCACUCCAUCUAAGGUUAACGCCAAUUCGCCAGAAAGCCCUGAUGAGGGACGUGGGAGGAAACACACACGUUUCAGCCUGGCUGCAGUGUCGAGCGUAUUCAUGGGUGCUGUCAAGGAUCGUGUGCGAUCCAGCUCUCCCAGAAGUUUCGUGGCAACUGAACAACGAAGGCAUGGGCGCAGCCUGGACAUGCACCGAGACAAAGAAAGGGGAAGAACAUUAGACAAAGGAAAGGCAAGGGUUCAUGAUGCCAAUCGAAUGCCAGUGCAACACAAAGAGCGUUCGACUCUAGGGAAAGUCGGAGAGAUGCUAGGCUUGGAAAGUGACGAGCGUAAGGAUAGCGGUGAAGGCUGGAAAGAGUUCAAGAAAGGUACUUACACUUAUCCCAUUUCGUUCACAAUUCCCGCAAACUCACCUCCGACAAUCGAGUGUGACUAUGGGUCUAUGGCAUGGCGACUCAAGGCGGAGGUACAUCGUCCGGGCGCUUUCAGGUCGAAGAUGACUGCAUCCAGAGAGGUUGUGAUAGUGUCAUCCCCUGGAGAGGAGGACACAGAGGAGACCGAGAAUAUCAUCAUCGAGCGGCAGUGGGAUUCCCAAUUACAAUACCUGAUUGCAGUGUCCGGACGUAGCUUCCAUAUCGGCGGUACCAUGCCUAUUCAGAUUACCAUAUUGCCGCUCACCAAGGCCAAGGUCCAUCGGAUAUCCAUCCAUCUCGAGGAGCGAGUGGAUUACUAUACCCAAAUGAAGCGCAUUGCCCGCUCCGAACCAGUGCAUCGCGUUACACUGCUUUCUCUCCGAAACCGCGACAGCGACAAAGACAACGAUAGUGAUGCCAUUCUUCCACUUGUGUCCGAUGAUCCAGAGGCAUUUAAAAAUUCGCCAUUCUACGAUUUGCUCAAACCCGAUGAAGACUGUUCGGAAAUGGCGUCCUCGCUGAUGGGGCCGGGACCGUGGACGUUUAAUCAUGAGUUGCAGCUCCCAAAUUCCUGCGCUUCGCUGCACUUCACGAAUCGAAACAAAAAGGGCAGUAUCAUGAUCGGACAUGUUCUAAAGAUCAUCUUCAGAGUAGAGCGUGGCGACGACGAAGCAAUGGAUUUAAAGACGGGGAAGAAGAAGUUGUUUGACAUCGUGGUGCAAACACCAGUGCAUAUCCUGUCGUGUCGAUGUAACCCCGAAUGGGUAUCGCUACCGCGUUAUUCCGAGGCCCUCGAAAACGCAUGCACCACCAGCUACUCAUCCUGCCCAUGUGAGACCAAACGCGUACGGGGUAUGUGUUCAGCCCAGGACGUGGACGGACAGCGCCAAGCGCUUGACCGUGUCGCCUCUCGGCGAUCGAGCGACUCGGCGGCAUCCACAGCCGAGAAUCAGGCUCCUGUAAACCCGCUGACGAUGCCCUCGCUGAGGAAUGGGAUUGAUAACACAGAUACCCUAGCAAACCGGAAUAUCCAGUAUGAACGUUUGAUAUCUGGCCAGGAAAGCGAGAUGGGGGAUGCGCCGCCGGCGUAUGAGAAUGUGGUGCAACAAGGCAGAGCUGUUUCUGCCGUACGAUGA